AUGGCUGACAAGCGUGAAAGGACAGGAGUGAUUGUUAGCCGAUCGAAGAUUGCGUGGUUUGUAUGGACUCCUGAAAUCGGUGAAGGUAUCAUUAUUUGUAACGAUGAUCGUCUCUUUCUUGGACAAUGGAUCAAAUUUGCUGCUAUGAUAAUCGAGAACCGUCAGAGGCACGUUAAUAUUGGAUAUUAUGUUGCAGACGGCUGGAGCGUUACGCCUGCUGUUUUAAACGCCAAGCCACGUUAUAAUAAUUUGUUGCUGGAAUCCAAAAUUUAUGUUUCGAAUUGGCAAAUGGAUAAAUUGGAAGCUGACUGGGUUGGGCCAGUCAGCGAUCGUUACCAUGCGAUCGAGGAAUCGACGAAUUUUUGCGGUCUUCAAAAAACAUAUACAGUGGUUUUAAAACGAGUCAGAAAAAGCGAUGAGUGUCCUGUUUGUGAGUGGGUUGUGACUGAUCUUAAGGUAAGAGGAUCUGUGUUUUCAAAAUAUCUAGAAUAUUAA